CCGGUGCUCAAGUCCGCCUGGGCCGCCUGCUGCCGUCUGUCCUCAGGGCCGCGCUGGCUUUCGCGUCCCGCCUGAGGGGCGGCGGGUUGGGGCGCCAUGGACUACGCGUGGGACAGCUUCAGCAACAGCCUGUCCGGAGAGUUCCAGUCCAAAAUGCAUAUGUGAUACAUUUUGACAUUCACUGCUAAGAUGAAAUGCAGAAAUGAACACCACACACUCAUUUUAGUAUUCUGAGGUAUGAUUAGAUGUACUUUAUCAUGUUUUUAUGCUGCUGACCUAUAAGGGGGAAAAAAACGAUAAUAGGGUAACAGUUAAGUAACACCUAGGACCCGCAGCCUCAGUACUUCUGGAGUGACCUGAAACAUCACAAGGAGGGUUUUAUUACAGCAUAUUCACACCUCAUGUGAGCCCUCAGCCUGGGCUCAUACACAUUUCCUUCAUCAGAAGUUGUAACCAGGCACUCUACCUCCCAAGAUGGCCAACAGUCUCCCAACAGAGUUUGAUGUGGUUGUAAUAGGGACAGGUUUGCCCGAAUCCAUCCUUGCAGCUGCAUGUUCCAGAAGUGGUCAGAGGGUUCUGCAUCUUGACUCAAGAAGUUACUAUGGAGGAAACUGGGCUAGUUUCAGCUUUUCAGGAUUGCUCUCCUGGUUGAAGGAGUAUCAGCAGAACAGUGACAUUGGGGAAGAAGGUAGUACCGCAUGGCAAGACCUGAUCUAUGAAACAGAAGAAGCCAUCACUCUUUGCAGGAAGGAUGAAACCAUUCAACACACAGAAGUUUUCUGUUAUGCCAGUCAAGAUGUGAAUGAUAACAUUGAAGAGACUGAUGUUCUGCAGAAAAGUCCUUCCUGGGUCGCAUCUAGUACCCUCAUUAAACCUCUGGAUUCUGCGUGCUUAUCUGAAGAAACACAUCCGUUAUAUGUGAGUAGCUAUGAAAUGUCUGCCAAAGACACUACAAAAAACAAUGGAGAAGUAACUGAUGCAGCAGAAACCCUGGUGAAAGAAUAUUGUAGAUAUAAAACUUAUAAACACACAGUUUCAGAUGGAGCUAAAGACGAAACCAAACCUAUCUUGGAAGACAACAGUGAUCCACCAAAGAGAAAUAGGAUUACUUACUCUCAAAUAGUUAAAGAAGGCAGGAAGUUUAAUAUUGAUUUGGUGUCAAAGCUGCUUUAUUCUCAAGGAUUGCUAAUUGAUCUUUUAAUCAAAUCAAAUGUUAGUCAUUAUGCAGAAUUUAAAAAUGUCACUAGGAUUCUUGCAUUUCGAGAAGGAAAAGUAGAACAGGUGCCUUGUUCCAGAGCAGAUAUCUUUAAUAGCAAAGAUCUCACGAUGGUUGAAAAGAGGAUGCUAAUGAAAUUUCUUACAUUUUGUUUAGACUAUGAACAACAUCCUGAUGAAUACCAAGCUUUUGUGCAGUCCUCAUUUUCAGAGUACUUAAAAACCAAAAAAUUAACCCCCAACCUCCAGCAUUUUGUACUACACUCAAUUGCAAUGAUGUCGGAUUCACCUUGCACUACAAUAGAUGGCCUUAAAGCAACAAAGAACUUUCUUCAGUGUCUUGGACGGUUUGGCAACACUCCCUUUUUACUUCCCUUGUAUGGCCAAGGCGAAAUUCCCCAGUGUUUCUGCAGAAUGUGUGCAGUCUUUGGUGGAAUCUAUUGUCUUCGCCAUAAAGUACAAUGCCUUGUAGUUGACAAAGAAUCUGGAAGAUGUAAAGCAAUUAUAGAUCACUUUGGUCGAAGAAUAAGUGCUAAAUAUUUCAUUGUGGAGGAUAGUUACCUUUCUGAGGAAACAUGCUUAAAUGUGCAGUACAAGCAGAUCUCCAGGGCAGUGCUCAUUACGGACCAGUCUGUACUAAAGGCAGAGUCAGAUCAGCAGAUUUCCGUUUUGAUAGUGCCUCCAGUGGAACCAGGAGCAUGUGCUGUUCGCAUCACUGAAUUGUGUUCUUCAACCAUGACAUGCAUGAAAGACACCUAUCUGGUACAUCUGACCUGUUCAUCUUCUAAAACAGCAAGAGAAGACUUAGAAUCAGUGGUGAAGAAAUUAUUUACCCCAUAUGCUGAAACAGAGAUAGACAAGGAAGAACUUAAAAAGCCAAGACUCUUGUGGGCUCUUUAUUUUAAUAUGAGAGAUUCCUCAGGAGUCAGCAGAAGCUCAUAUAAUGGCUUGCCUUCCAAUGUUUAUGUCUGCACUGGGCCUGACUGUGGACUAGGAAGUGAGCAUGCAGUCAAGCAAGCUGAAACACUAUUCCGGGAGAUCUUUCCAAGUGAGGAAUUCUGCCCACCACCUCCAAAUCCAGAAGACAUUUUCUUUGAUGGUGAUGACAAGCAGCCAGAGCCUUCUGGAACCAGUAACAUAGUAAUGGCCAAACUAGAAUCCUCUGAGGGAAGCAAAAACCUAGAAAGCCCAGGAAAGCACCUUCAAAAUUAGAAAAAAAGCAAACUGGAAGUGCUAUUUUGGACCUUCAUCCUGGCAUCAGAAUAUUCUUAUUUAAAGGACAAUUUCCUAUAUGAGUGAUUAUAUAGUGAAUGCUAUGCAGAUGUUGUCUAUAAUUCUUCUUGAGACAUUGUCAUUGGAUGUCUUUGUAAACCUGUCAAUAACCGAUUUAUUGGUUAUUGGACUACUUUCUGUUUCAGAAUGGGGUCCAUGACCCAGAAGCUUAAACAGGACUAGCUUUAUUUUAGCACUGGAUGUGUAUGUGAGGAUUCCAUAAUAGCAGUGGUGCGUAAAGGAAGGUCAUAUUGUAUCUGCUACUGAUCUUCAGAUUUUAUUAUUGUCUACAGAACAAUAAUAUCUAAGGAAUAUUUUAACUAUUUUUGCAGCUUAUUACAGUUGCUACCACCUCUGAAUAGUGAAACACACACACAGUGGAAGUCUUAUGUGGGUCUUUUGUUUAUAAUAUAAACAUAUAAACAUAGUUGCAAUAGCAACUAAUGCAAGUGCCACUAUGAUAAAAUACUUUUGUCUGUAAUUGUUGAAAGAAUGGUUUUGCAUGAUCCUUUAUUUGUGAAGGUGAUGUUUACAGUACAUCCUACAGCUUAAUUCUCCUGCUUGACCCUUGUAACCAGUGAGACAGUGACGCCACCGUAGUCUUCUACAUUGCAAAAAGAGUCAGAGAGUUCAGUUAGUAAUUGAAGAGCUCAUUCUUGGGAGAUUUGGUCCAAAAAAAAUCUAGGGGAAAAGAUUAGUUCUAUUUUAAUAUUUCAGAAAAUUUCUGCAGAGCACUGCUCUGGCACCUAAAAGAAAAUAAUUUCUAAGUAACUGAGGCUAAAAGAAAAAAUAAAUUGCUCCAGGAAAAUAUAUUUUAGAAUGCCUGUUCUGAAAUUCUGAAGGAGAAACUGAGUGAAGCAUUUUUAACUUGGGAUUUCAGAUGGUUUUUAAUAGCCACUUGUAAAUAGAUUUCCCAAGGUUUCUUGAUGAAAGUGAAGUACUGUUUGGCUCCACCACUUGAAUUAGCAGCACUAACUACAGUUGACAGUAGUGAAUCAAAGGAGGAUUUACCAUGUCCCUCUGCUUGUGUCCCACCCCACAAAUAAUGAGGUAACCACCUUCAUAAUCAACUCCUACCGCUUAGCAUUAUCUUAGGAUAGAAAAUUUUUUUUUUCUUUCCCAAGAACCAUCAGAAGUCAUGAAAGCUGGUUGUACUCCAGGGGUGUAAGCUUGUGGAGCUGUCGGAGGUAAACUUCCCUCCCUUCCAGUCCCUGUUCCCAUUCCUCAGACAGAGAAUUAUAAUCCCAUAGGAAGUGAGCCCUUUAAUUACAGUUUUUGUCCUGAACAAAGCAUUUACAAUGUGCUAGGCACUUACUGUGCUCUCUCAUUACAGUUUCUCAGCAACUCUGUCAGGCAGAUAUUAUUGAAUACAUUUUCAAAGAGGAAAUAAAGACUUAAUAAUUUGCUCUGAGUCUGGCUUGUUGAAGAGCCAACACUGGAAUCUAGGCUUUCAUGAUUUCAAAAUCUUUCCACUAACCUUAACUAUUAGAAGAGUGUAGGUACUGUAGGAGAACGAAAAGAUGCUCAUGAAAACCAGUCUAGCAUUGCUAGUGAAGCAGAGUAGACAGACGUCUCAACUUACUGAGUCAGAGAAAUAUGAAAAUAAAGGUUAAUUGAAAGUAAGUAUAAUUUAGCACUGUGGAGCUCAUUAAAGCAGAAUUUGUCUAAGUUUUAACAAAGUAAUGCUUUUUAAUGUAUCUUUUGAUUUGAACAUUGUGUUGUAAAAAAGUAACAUGUUACUAGACCAAAGUAUGCUCUAUGAAUAGUCUCUUGUUGCUCCUCUAUAUGUGAAAAAAAAUGAAACAAGAAAGAUUUAAGUAACUUUCAGCUUACUGGAAAUAGAGAAGCCAUGAGUUGGUAUAUAUAUAUAUAUAUAUGUCUUUUGAAUAUAGCAAAGUGGUAUUAUUGGGUGGAUUCUAAGGUAUAAACCUAUCAAAACAACUGAAAAGUCUGAAGUAGACCUAAAAAUUAGUUACUAAAAUGAAAAUUCAAGAUGAUAUAUAAAAUGGAGGUGAAGGUAAUGCAGACCUAUUGAAAAAAACUUCAAUUUCAACAUCAUGAAUAUUUUUAUUCAGAAGAAUUUGAGAAAAAAGACAUUGAGAAGUUGCAAAAGAUGGUAGAGCCAAAGAUAAUGGAAACAGGAAAAAUGUUAAGACUAGAUUAAAAUAAGUGUUUUUUAAAAAGUAACAAUAUGAAUAUAUUACAUUCCUAGUUGAAUGUGAAUAAGUUGGAAAUUUAAAAAAAUAUAACCAAUAAAAAGCAUUUUAAAAAUUAGGGGAUAUUAUAACCUAGUAUAAUUUUCUGAUAAGUUGAAGUUUUACCCUAAUAGGCUUACUGGUGAACUUUUUCAAAUAUUCAAAGGAUAAAUAAUAUCUAUGUAUCAGAAAGAUGAUAUGCCAAUAUUUGCAUUUUGAGGCAAAUUUGGCCUCAAUACUAGAAGUCAAAAUAUUUUGAAAAGGGUCUCAUUCUGAACAGAUGCAAAAUGCAAAAUACUAGCAAAUACUAUACAACAUGAAAAUUUUCUAUGACCCAGGGUUAUAAGGUUGGUGUUCAAUAGCAUAAUCAUCAAAUCUAUAUCAACAGAACAAAAUAGUAAAUAAUCCAAAGUAUUAACUACAGAUAACUUUAAAAAUAUUAGUAAAAUUUAUCAUUUAUUUAAUUAUCUCUGGUAAUGAUUUUGUUGGUUUCUCAUUGUGAUAAGUAAUACUUAAAAUGAAGAACUAACAUCAUUCCUACUAGGAAAACAUAGGAAACAUUUCUCAAGCAGAAAUUAAAUAAUCUUGGCACUGUUUUUAUUUAUAUAUGGUCAAAAAACCUUGUCAUUGUAAUAAAACCUUAGUAAGCAUUCAUAAAUGAGAAAGAUAAGAGAAAGCACAAAUAUUUUCUAUUAACAUGGUUUUUUAACUAGUGAAACCUAUAGGAUAAGUGUACUGACAAUAAAAGACUGAUCCAGGAAGUUUUAAAGAUUAAUUUUAAAAAUUAAUCUUAUUUCUAGAUUCCAACAGUGAUGAACUACAGUUUAAAAUGUUUGUGUAUUAAUACAUGCAAGUACUUAAAGUUACACAACUAUAUUGGGAUAAAUUAAGAAAGAUGCUUAUAUAGAAGUGAGUUGAAGGAACCAUAUCCUAGUAUAGUGGAAAACAAGUAAAUAGGGACUCUGAAAACCAAAGUUAUAGUCCUCACUUUGCUGUUUACCAGUUGUGUAAUCUUGGGAAAAUCAUACCUGGCUUCCAUUUCACCAUAUGUAAAACAGAAAUACUGCUUCGCAGAAUUAUUGUGGGGAUUAAAUCAAUGUAAAUGAAAUUGUGUCCAAAGGACUGAUGUUAGUAUGUAGAUUUACCACAUUUCCACUUACCAUUAAACUGGACGUUUUAUAUAAUUUGACAGAAUUGUGAUAAGUUAAUUAGGAAAAUAAACAAAGAUAUGUCUUUUUAACUUAGGAGAAAAAGGGGGAAGUACAUCUUUCUAAAUACACUAUGGUAUUGAGUAGAAAGUUUAAGACUAAUAACCCAGUUGGAAAGAAAUAUAUAGUAACUACUGGAGGAAAGAUUAGCUGGACAUCAGUGUUAAAAAAGAAAUUAGAUCCACUUCACAUAUGAUAACAGUUAGUUCCAGAUGAACUAAAAUGUUAAGUAUAAAGGUAAAAAUAAAGACUGCAAUUCUCAUCCCAGUAAUUGUGCAAAAGAAACUUUAUGACAAUGAAAAUUAUGGACAAGGUAGAUGAGAUGAACUAAGCAAAAGGAAAAAUGUAUACUAGAUGGGAAGAAGACAAAAGAAGAGAUGGGAUAAAAGCUACUUGCUUUACACAGGGAUAAAGGACUCUAUUUUUUAAAAGGUAGAUGCAAAUCCAUAAAUCUUUGUGUGCUUAACUAGGCAAAUUUGAUUCGAGUUCAAAGGAGAAGAUGCAAAUAAGUCAAUUCUUAGAAUGGUAUUCAGAUUUCCUAAUAUUAAAAAUGCAAACUAAAGCAAUUUUGACCUAGUUCAUGCAAUUAGAUCAACAAAAAAUUUUAAAAUUGCAUGUAUCCUAAUACUAGUAGCAUUAUUUUUUUUUAAAGAGCUGUUUAGAAGAAUAUAAUAAGAGCUCUUUAAUCAAUUUGUCUUUUGAUAGAUUUAACUCACUCUGAAUAGCAUAUGUCCAGGAAAAUAUUUUAAAAGAAGAAAAAAGUUAUUUGUAUAAAGAUGUUUCUGGAGAUUCCAUUUGGGUUAAGAAAAAAAAAAAAGCCCAGUAAUUGGGAACUGGAUAAGUAAAUUUUCAUGUAUUGCUAUCGCUCUCAUAGACUGUUAUGUAGGCAUUAAAUAAUAUUGAUAUUUGUAAACACUUUAUGGAAAAAUGUUUAAAUGAGACUCAAAAACGUUAGAACAUAAAUUAUUGUAUUUACUGAUUGUAUUUGUGUAAAAAUUUAGGUCUACAUUGGAAAGAAUCAGAAGAAAAUACUGUAAUUGGAGUUUAACAUUAAGAGGUUCUUUUCUAUACAAUAUUGAUAUGUGCAAUGAAAAAUAAAGGAUUAAUUGGUAUAAUGGUU